GCCAGAGCGGCGCGGAGUUGUGUAGAUGAGGGUCGGCGGGGCCUCCCACCGGUGGGGCUGUGGAAGUGCUGAAUCAGUAUCUGGAAUCAGGAAUGGACUGGAUGAGACGCAAGAAACUGAAGCUUAAUCCUGACAAGAUGGAGAUUCUGUAGGCGCAUUAUUUUCCUUUCUGCUUGGGUCAAGCUGUCUUCAGAUUAUGUAUGAUGGGACUACGAAUUCACUUUGUUGUUGACCCUCAGGGCUGGUUCUGUAUGGGCCUGAUUAUCUUUGUCUGGCUUUUCAACACACUCUUCGUUCCAAAAAUUAUCCUUUUCCCGCACUAUGAAGAGGGACAUAUAUCAGCAGUUGCAGUACUUUGUUACUACAUAUUUGCAGUGUUCUGCAUUGUCUCAUUACUGAGAGCUUCUGUAGCAGAUCCAGGAAGAUUACCAGAAAGCCCAAAGAUACCAAUUACAGAAAGAGACUUUUGGGAGUUAUGUAACAAAUGUAAUAUGAUGAGACCGAAGCGUUCCCACCACUGCAGUCGAUGUGGACACUGUGUUAGGAGAAUGGAUCAUCACUGUCCAUGGAUUAAUAACUGUGUUGGUGAAGAUAAUCACUGGCUGUUUUUGCAGUUAUGUUUCUACACAGAGCUCCUCAGUUCUUACACACUCCUACUAGAUUUCUGCCACUGUUACUACUUUGAACCACUAAAAAAAGUUAAUUGGGAUCUAUUUGUAUUUAGACAUGAACUUGCCCUGACAAGAAUGUCCACCUUUAUGGGUUUAAUAAUGCUAGUGGGAAUUAGUGGACUCUUUUAUACUCAGUUAAUUGGUAUAUUCAAUGACACUACAAGUAUAGAAAAACUGGCAAACUGUUGUGAAGAAAUAUCGAGACCCCGAAAGCCAUGGCAGCAGACCUUCUCAGAAGUUUUUGGCACUCGCUGGAAGAUCCUGUGGUUUAUUCCUUUCAGGCGAAGGCGACCACUGCGAGUUCCCUACCACUUUGCCAAUCACGUCUAAACAGAUGGAUGGUAGGCACAGAUGGGUCCUCCAUGCUGGAAGUGCAUUGCAGGUUUUGUGAUAAUAGAACUAUGACAGUCCUCAAGUCAAUUAAAAUCUACCCACCAAUCUUAGACGUCACGAUGUGCCCCAGGCUUUAUUUUAAUAAUAAUGAUCUUGAUUCCGUUUUGGGAUUAAUGUACAUUUCUCUGAUUGCUUUUAAAGUGUACUUACUUUCAAAUUAGCUUUAGUACUUGAGCUUACUAACAAACACAAUGAUUGAUCUACAAAUCUUAAAACGUUUUUGUUUUGAUACUAGAUAAUACAAUGAUAUGUUUUGAUAGAAACUCUGUUAUCUACACAGAUCAAAAGGUUUGGAAAGUGUCCUGUCUGCCUUGAAUUUUUUUAAUUCUUUUUUAUUAAUAAUACGUACUGGAUGAUACCCAUUUCCCGCUAAUCUGGUUUAGAACCCACAAUGCCUGCUUUUAUUUAUGAAGCAUAUUAAUUGAGCAGCUCAUCUCCAGAAAAAGUGGCAUUUAAUAGGGAGUGUUUUUAAAGGAAGCGCAAUUGUGUGUCUUAUGUCCUUAGUUUUAUACGGAUAUGUUUUUGUUAUUCUUGUGUAAAAAGAAAAGCCCAACCUACUUAUUACUCUAAAAGGGGGAAAUGUUGUUAUAAAAAAAAUCCUUCCUCAUCUUUGUAAAUGCAAUAAUUAGCCCGAUGUGGUAGAUGUGUUUUAGAAAUGCAUACUGGAAUAUCACAAUCUAGCCGUAGUUAAGCACCUCUGAAGUCCCAUUGGUUUCACUGGGAGAGUGAAUCACCUGCUCAGCUAGUUCCAAAGGGGUAACCAUGUUAGAAUGUUGCAGCAAAAACUGCAGAGCUUUGUAGCACCUUAAAGACUGACCAAUUUAUUCUGGCAUAAACUUUCAUGGAGCUGGGCUGCUGUUUUACUUGAGAGUAAGUCUCAUUGAACUUACUUCUGAGUAAACAUGUACAGGAUUGUGCUAAGUGCUUAAUUUUGGCGGGAUUGUGCCUAUAGUUUUUACUAAUCACUAUAACAUUGUUAUAAACAUAUAAAUGCUAUGUUGUUGCUAUGAUUACAUUUGUUUUGUAUAGUCACUGUUAGAAAUAUUUAGAAUUUAAAUUUUAGGUGUUCAUAGUUUGGGUAAUAUAUGUGGGAGAUAUUUUUUAAAAUAGUAUUUAUUUAGUAAAUAUGGAUGUUAAAGAUAAACGUUAACUACUGAGUAUAAUAUUGUUCUAAUUCAGUAAGUCCAGUAGGUUAUAAAAGGUGCGAUAAACAAGCAUAGACAAUAUUAGAGGUGAUCGAAAUCGUCAUCCGAGUCAUAGAUCUGUGACUGAUAAGAUAUGAAAUCUCCCAAAUUUUUGCAAGAUAACCGUGUUUAAAAACUGCUGUUCAGAAGGUUUAGUCAUGGGACAAAAUCAGCUUGAUGUGGCCUGUGAUCCAGUCUUGUGUGAGAACAACAGUUCACAGAAUCAAGGUGUAGCGUCACAAUGCUCAUGCACGGAUACUGUGGUAAAAUCCCAGUUUCACUGCUGGCACAGAAGGAGUUACUGCAUUACUGUGCUGGAUCUUUUUUCCUGACAUUGCCUUACAGUAGCUACCCCCACCCUCCAGUUUGUUGUCAAGCCAGCCAGGACAUGCAGCCUCUGUCCUUGCACUGCUUCCUUUGUGCCUGCAUGUCCAGCUAUAUCCAGCAGUGAAGCCAAUAGUUACAAGUGCUGGGUAUUGGUAAGUGAUACAUCUCCAGUUCAGUCUUCUGAACUUGCCAUGUUCUAGGCCUUCCUUUAGGCCCAGUUGAAAUGUGGGGCUUCCACAGACAAAUCGCUUAUCUGAGUAGUGCUCCAUAGAGUUUUGCAUAUAAUAGAUUGCAACAUUUGCGUGCCCACAAUCUGCAGCCCACAUGAUGGUGGCAUAUGAAUACUACAUAUGGAUGAGAUGGUACACAGAAUAAGGACUUACUGGAUAUUAACUAGCUCAUCCUUCCCUCCUGCUGUACAAAAAACAGAACCUGUUGUUCUAAACUAUAUCUGACAGAUGUUUAACUUGGUUAUAAAAGCUUUGAAAUGUGGUUAUUAGCAAAUAGUUCCCAUACCUUAAGAACAUGCAGUUAUAGUGCAAAUGAGGCAAUGGUUACUGCUUUGCUGAAACCUGCUACGUACAAAGUUUACACCCUGUCCUGAACAUUGUUUUUCCUGGCAAUUGUGAUUGCCAGGGGGUUGGACUCGAUGGCCUGCUUAUAGGCCCCUUCCAACUCUACUAUUCUGUGAUUCUGUGAUGAUAAUGACUAUGACCCAGCAGCUAUUUCAUGGUUUCCGAUUUCUAUGGCACAGUCACUGGUAUCUUCAUUUUGGUUCUGUGCUUAGUAAAGCAGUAGUUUUAGGAAACCAUACAUAAAUAAAUUAGAGAAUUGCUCUGUGCAAUUUGAUUAAGAAAAGAGAUGAGGGUACUAGUCUUCCAAAAGUCACAAAAGCCUUUUAAGUUUUUUAGAUCCAAUUGGUGUAUUUCUUUUUAAGGGACACAACUGUGGAUUACUUUUUGGCUAGGAUUGUUUGUGAACUGGCUCCUGUAACUUCAUUUAACUCAUUUUAAUUUUAAUCAGAACAGCUGCUCUGUGGGGUAAUGUUUAUUUCUAAUAUUUCUUUCAAAUUGAAGACAUAAAACACUUGAAGCUAAACACAUAAA